ACCGAUUUUGGCCCGUACAGACAUGACAAGCCCCGACCCGACCCGCUCAUCGCAAACUCUCUCAGAGACUCAGACUCCUAGAGUCCCAGGUUCCACUUUCCAGCUCGAUACUGUACAUAUUGUGGUCAACAGCCACAGCAGUAAACAGAGCCGCCGUGUACGGCUGACCAGUUGCCUUCAUCCGCUCUCCACCGCCAUUUCCUAGCUGGAUUUCGACACCGGCAGAACUACAAUCACUGGCCAUAUGCUGUCGGUAGUUCCCAUGCUCUGGGAAAUUCAUCAUUUGACAUCUAUACCCUCAGGUGGAAGUGAAAAUGCCUUGUGAUGGUCCGCCCCGCCCCGGAAUCAUAGACCCAGCUGCACUCAUUACCUAUGGCUAUUUCAAGAUUUCUGUUUAUUGUCAAUGCUAGGAGGAUUGUUCAUUCCCAGCUUGCAACACUUACAAACAGCCGUUUGGAGGUUUGGUCACCAUGCUCAAUUGGAUUGCCUUACAUAUUUUCAAAGUUAAGUGCAGAAUGCAGAGUUUUUCAUAGAGGUUUUGCUUCAUGCACAUCAUACAAAUCUAAAGCUGUUUUAUGGAGAAGUAGAGCUAUCUUGAAAUUCCAAUAUCCUAGAAAGCCUGUUAAACCUAUGAUGGUUGCUGUAAACGUUAGGCAUCCAGGUGUUGUUGAAGCUAUCAGAAGCUAUCAAAAGGGCAAGUUUCUAAGUUCAUUCCUACUUUGAAAUGGUUGAGGUUGGAUGAAAGCAUUCAGCAAUUUGCAGUGUUCAUGAUGUCCCAAGUUGAUCUUUCUAGAGAAGCAGCUAACUUGAGUCGGUUUAUUUACAAUUUUUGUAGAUGGAAAGAUGUUUUAUCAUUCCCAAAACCUCUAUAUCCUUUGGUACAUCCUGCUGUUUUAGUGGAAACAUUUGAACAUGGUGAUAAUGUUCUUCACUAUGUUGAUGGGCUUGAGGGACAAGAGCAUAUUAAAAGUUCACUUGCGCAUAUUGGGACUCAUGCACUCUUGAAGAUGCUUUUGGUAUGGUUACUUAACAUGCUUCACAGCUUGUCACACUA